AUGCCAGGCUCCAGCGGAUCUGCCGUUGACAUCUCUAUCGUCACGACCCCCAACAACAUCAACGCCGUUUCCUCCCUCCUCGAUGAACUAAGGAAGGGGCAUGAAGCACUCCCAGCAAAGGGUGAUGAGGGCCGCAAAGACCUUUUGCUUCUAGCCCGAACUCUGGUGCAAAGCCUCGAGACUCCACGCGAGACCAUGGCCAAGCAUUGCUGGGCUCAGACUGCUGCUUUCUCGGCCCUUAUCUUCGGGGUCGAAGUCAAAUUAUGGAAGCGAAUGGCGGGCAAUGGGGAUAGGCCCCAGUCGGUUCACGAGCUGGCUGAAAAUCUCCGUGUCGACCCUUUACUGCUAGGUCGAAUGAUGCGCCAUCUCGGUGCCAUGGGAUACAUUACGGAAACGGGCAACGACGAAUACAAACCGACGAAGUACAGCAAAGCCUUGAGCUUGGACAUCAUUGGGAAUGGCUACCUCGCCACAUUGUCCAGUACAAGCGCCGCCAUGAUCAGGUUUCAUGAGUUUGCAAGCAGGCGGGGAUUUGAAAACCCUGAUGACGCGAGCGACACAUCUUUGAUGAUGGCCUAUGAUACGAAACUAGAUGUUUUCGGCUGGUUGCAAGCCCUGGGGCGCGGUUCCCAUUUCAAUGACCACAUGGCAGGCUACCGACAAGGUCGUACGCCAUGGAUGGACAGUUCUAUCUACCCCGUUCAAAGCAGGCUCGUGGACGGCGCCGACACUUCUGUCGAUGCUCCUUUUCUUGUUGACAUUGGAGGGAAUAGAGGACACGAUCUGCAGGAAUUCCAGCGAUAUCAUCCUGACACUCCAGGAAGGCUAUAUCUGCAGGAUGUAGAGGCCGUCAUCAGCAGCAUCGAGUCGUUGAGCUCCUCUAUCACUCCCAUGUGCUAUGAUUUCCACACCGAACAGCCAAUUAAAGGUGCCCGUGCAUACUACAUACAUUCCUGCCUGCAUAACUGGCCGGAUAGUGUAUGCAAAAGCAUCCUCUCACGCGUCUCUGCCGCAAUGAAGCCUGGUUACAGCAGACUGUUAAUCAACGAAUAUGUGAUUCCCGCAACAGGGGCACACUGGGAGGCAACCAGUCUUGACUUGAUGAUGAUGAGUCUUAUGAGCUCCAAGGAGCGCACUGAGGAUGAUUGGCGUGGCCUCAUCGAGGCUGUAGGUGGGCUGGAGAUUGUUAGAUUCUGGCACGGGGCCAACGGCGUGGAGAGCGUGAUCGAAUGCAAGUUGGUUGAGAAGGAAAGCCGUGCAUGA